AUCACUUAACCACACUUAAUCUGAGAAAAAUCACUUCACAAAUUAGUAAUCAAAUCUUGAGUUUUCUGGGUAAAAAUGACUCCAAUCGAACCCCAGCAUGUUUUAACUAAACUAGCCAACUAUUUAAAUGCACCAAUUGGCAAGAUAACCAAGAAAGAUAAUAAAAACAUGUAUGCAGAGCAAAUUUUCUCGAAACUGAUUGUUACUGUUUGACCAUUAAUCGUCUCAUUUCAAUCCAUAUGCAUUUAAUUAACCUGUACACGCGAGUCAAUAAUAACCAAUCGACAACAGGGAUAAUCAAUAUAGUUUUUUCAUUAUUGAAAGAGUCAAACUCCCAUUUAGGUGUAGUGGAUGCACUGAAUGAGGCUCAGAUUCACCAAUGGCUCGAAUAUGCUUUAGUUUAUGUGGCCAAUGCUAGCAACAGCUCUAACGUACAGCUAGUUUUAAAGGAAUUAAACACCAUCUUAGCCACGAAAACGUAUUUAGUGGGCACGCAAUUGACCAUCGCUGAUGUGUUUCUGUAUUAUCUCCUGCUGAAUAUCAUGAAUAAUCUCUCUAAUUUAGAUAAGGAAACGUACUUGAAUGUGUCCAGAUGGUUCGAUAAUAUUCAACAGGACCGCAAGUUAAGCCAAAAAAACAAAUUGGUCGACUUUAGUACCAUCUAUUUGGCAAACUUUGUGCCUGCCAGACAUUAAAUAAUUUAUUCGAA